ACAGCUACUCCCAUAGCACUUCCGCUCUAUUCCAUUUCAUUUUCCUAAAAUACGCUCCCUCAGGCCGAGAUUUAGCAAUCAUUGCGACUUCCCUUCCUCCCCCCCCCCCCUCUCUCUCUCUCUGGCUGGCCUCUUGUCUUCCUUCGAUGGCUGAGAAAUUAUUCGGGCGUUGGUCUUGAAAUAUAAUUGUUGCGGGAGAAUCUGUUCGAAAACGCAAGCGAGCGAUGAAAGGCCUCUCGUCGGCGCCGGGAGAUUACGUCCACUUCAAGUCGCAGGUCCCACUCCACAAGAUCUCCAUUGGAUCUAAACAAUGGAGGUACUAUGAUUUUGGUCCCAAGUCUGUGCCUCCACUCAUCUGCAUCCCUGGAAUUGCAGGAACUGCUGAUGUCUACUACAAGCAGAUCAUGUCCCUGUCCUUGAAGGGUUAUCGAGUGAUUUCUAUUGAUAUACCUCAGGUAUGGAAUCACCACGAGUGGAUUCAUGCUUUUGAGAAAUUCUUGGAUACAAUCAAUGUUCAUCAUGUUCAUCUCUAUGGAACAUCUCUUGGGGGAUUUCUUGCACAAAUUUUUGCUCAACACCGUCCAAGGCGUGUUAAAUCAUUGGUCCUCUCAAAUACUUUUCUAGAGACACACAAGUUUGCAGCUGCUAUGCCAUGGUCUCCAUUAGUUAGUUGGACUCCUUCAUUUUUGCUGAAGAGACACAUCUUAACAGGAAUCCAUGAUGGUCCACACGAACCAUUUAUAGCUGAUUCUGUGGACUUUGUUGUUGGCCAGGUUGAGAAAUUGUCGAGAGAGGACAUUUCAUCAAGGUUAUCAUUGAAUGUGAAUGUCACGUCAGUUGGUCCUCUCUUACUACCAGAUUCCCUUAUCACUAUAAUGGAUACAAACGACUAUUGUGCUGUUCCGCAAGAACUGAAAGAUCAAGUGAGUGAAAGAUACCCUGGAGCAAGGCGAGCAGUAUUAAAGACUGGCGGUGAUUUUCCAUUUCUUUCUCGCCCGGAUGAAGUUAACUUAUACCUUCAGGAGUCGAAGCAAAACCAGAUCUCCUGCAAGGCAUUUCAAGAGACGGUAGUUCCGGGGGUUCUAGUGAUGAGAAAAAAGGUGGAGGGAACUUGGAUAAGCCCCCAGAAGACCAUGGUAGCCCUGGGGCACAUGAUGGUGGUGGUCAUCAGCCUCAAGCUUCGGGAUCUGAAGUCCAUGGUUUGGAUGAUCAGAUCUUGACUAAUAGAGAGAUUACCAGCAUGACCCUUGGGACUUUGUCCUUUCUCAUGCAAGCACCAUAUAUCCCAUAUCUACUGCAAUUCUUCAUGGGUGCAUUAUACAUUACUUGGAAACGGUUGCCGAACAUUCAGAAUUUGCGUAAAAUAUGAAAGUCAUUUGCUGAAUGUUACUGUUCUCCAGCUCCUGUGAAAAAUAUACCAUCUCGUUAGGGUGGUUGGAAUGUUAUUCUUCCAGAAUGGCUUAACAUAUAGGCUCCCUUUUGUCCUUUCCAUUUGCCUUUGGAGAUUACCUUGGUCGUUGAUGCCAUGAGUGCAUGAAUUGCUCAUUUCUCUUAUCUAGGAAAACCACUUAUAUUAUGAAAUAUUAAUUUCUUUUUUUUCUUGUAUUCAAUUUUGUAAAAGAGCUACUUGAUGAGAAUCCUGUAGUGGGGGUGUUGAAUGUAUGAUUAUGUUAUGAUCAUCAA